AUGUCCUUCUCCAACACAGAUACAGGCUCGAAGCCCGCGGACCCCUAUAAAUUAGCGAAUAUAGAGGACGACGUCAGCAUCAAAGAGAAAAUCGAAAAUCUCAGUAGUUUCAUGUCCAACUGCAAGUUCUGCAUGAUGACCACUCGGGAAGGCUCUACAGGUAAUCUAGUAUCAAGGUGCAUGGCAUUGGCAGCUCAAGAAAACGGUGGUGUCGACCUAAUCUUUCACACCAACACCGAAUCUGGUAAAACCGACAACAUUGCCUCUGACCCCCAUUUAAACCUCGGUUUUCUGAACAACUCCGGCGAAUGGGCCUCUUUGUCGGGUAUUUCAAGUAUCCUAACCGAUCGCACCCUUAUCAAAAAGUACUACCGCCCCAGCCUCAAAGGUUGGCUGGGCGAUUUAGGAGACGGGAAACACGACGGGAGUGCGGAUGAUCCAAGGAUUGCACUUAUUAAAGUACAUGUUAGGUCGGCGACGUAUGCGGUGGCGAGGAAGAAUGCCGUGAGGACGGUGGCGGAUAUGGCUCAGGGGGCUGUUACGGGGAAGGUGCCGGAUGUUAAUAAACUGAGGGAGAUUACUGAGGCGGAGGUUGAGACGUGGAGGAGUUCGAAUAAGAUGGAUCAGUAG